CAGCACUUGACAGAACUCACUGGCAUCAUACUAUCCGCUGAGCAUAUACAUUCAUCACAAAUUAGACGUUCUUGUCUCGCCUUUUAAGGUGAUUUCUGUCUGCUAACUGCUAAGGGCACUGCAGAAAGCAUCUCCAAUAUGCCACAGGCAGUUCUACCACUCUUGGGCCCCAUCUCUGUCUCAGAGAGCCUGGUGGCCGUGGUAACUAUAUGUGCCGUGUACCUUCUUCUGCGGCUGAUGCGUGUUAGAAUCCCUGAGGGUCUGCAGCCCCUGCCAGGCCCCAAGCCCCUCCCCCUCAUUGGCAAUGUGCUGGAACUCGGCCACAACCCGCACCUGAGUCUAACGUCCAUGAGCGCCAGCUACGGCCCCGUCUUCCAGAUCCAGAUUGGCAUGCGGCCUGUGGUCGUGCUCGGCAGCGGCGAGGUGGCGCGGCAGGCGCUCAUCCGUCAGGGCGAGGAGUUCUCCGGGCGGCCCGACCUGUACAGCUUCCGCUUCAUCAACGACGGCAAGAGCCUGGCGUUCAGCACGGACCAGGCGGGCGUGUGGCGCACCCGCCGCAAGCUGGCGCACAGCGCGCUACGCUCGUUCGCCACGCUGCGCAGCCCGAGCGGCCUGUACACCUGCGCCCUGGAGGAGCACAUCUCCAACGAGGCCACCUACCUGGUGGAGCAGCUGCAGGUCGUCACGGCGACCAGCAGCGGCUUCGACCCCUUCCGCCACAUCGUCGUGUCCGUGGCCAACGUCAUCUGCGGUAUGUGCUUCGGCCGACGCUAUGGUCACGAUGACACGGAGCUGCUGAGCAUCGUGAACCUGAGCAACGACUUCAACCAGGUCGCCGGCAGUGGCAACCCGGCCGACUUCAUACCCUUCCUUCGCUUCCUUCCCAGCAAGAGCAUGAAGAAGUUCGUCCACAUCAAUGACCGCUUUAAUGUGUUCAUGCAGAGAAUCGUCCGAGAGCACUACAACACCUACGACAAGAAUAAUAUUCGCGAUAUCACAGACUCCCUCAUUGACCACUGUGAAGACAGGAAGCUGGACGAGAACUCUAAUAUGCAGGUGUCUGACGAGAAGAUUGUGGGAAUAGUGAAUGAUCUUUUUGGGGCCGGAUUUGACACAAUCAGCACUGCUCUGUCCUGGUCUGUGGUGUAUUUGGUGGCCUACCCUGAGAUUCAGGAGAGACUUCACCAAGAGCUGAAAGAGAAGGUCGGGAUGGUCCGCACACCCCGCCUGGCGGACAAAAACGACCUUCCAUACCUCGAGGCUUUUAUUAUGGAGAUUUUCCGUCACUCUUCCUUCCUGCCCUUUACCAUCCCGCACUGCACCACGAAAGACACAUCACUCAACGGAUACUUCAUCCCAAAAGACACGUGUGUGUUCAUCAACCAGUGGCAGAUUAACCAUGAUCCAGAGACGUGGAAGGAGCCCUCCUUGUUUAACCCAGACCGCUUCCUCAGCACUGACGGCACCAAACUCAACAAGCUGGAGACCGAGAAGGUCAUAACCUUUGGCCUGGGCAAGCGACGCUGUGUGGGCGAGACCAUCGGCCGCUCCGAGGUCUUCCUCUUCCUCGCCAUCCUCAUCCAGAGACUGAAGUUUAGUAGCCCGGCUGGUCAGAUCCUAGACAUGACCCCAGAGUAUGGCCUCACCAUGAAGCAUAAGCGCUGCCUUUUGCAGUCCGCGCCGAGAGACGUGCUCGAUGCCAAGGCGGCGGUGUAAGGACCCCUGCCAGCUGCCCUCCAGACUGUCCACCUUCCCUUUACACAUGAGUCAGGGGUGGCAAAAAUGUGCCCGACCAGUUACACUCGUCAUUUAAUCAGCUAAAUCCAGGACCAGAUCUAGAUUUAAGGCCGAAAUUUGAAUCCCACUGGUAUAGACACUGUUGUUUUAGGAGAUUUAACAUUUAAACGUCUCCUGAGUGUGGCAAUAGUUGUAACAUAGUGCUGUCGGUGAUAGCUGACAGUUUAUUGACUGAUGUAAUGUUUGAAAACAGAUCCAGAUUUAGAAUGUUGGCAAAUGUCUGAUAGAAGAGGAGAAGUCUGUAAUCUUGUAAAGUUCACAUUAAGUUGGUAAUUACACUAUGUCAGUAGUGAGUAUUUUAGAGACGUUUAUAACACGUGCGGUUGGGGCUCAUGGUUAUUUUUAUUAGCUGUUUGUGGUUGUACUUCAGGUUUUGCUGCAGUGGCUAUAAAAUGAUUUAUACAGCUUGUUCCAUAAUGUACAAAUAUAAUUUUCUUACUAAGUCUAAGUUAGAUCAAAUGAAACAAACUUGUCAACGUCCUUUCAAAAAGUAGAGAAAUGUGCUGAUUAUUAUGUGAUAUUUCUAAUGUUUUUGUACUGUUAGAACAGUCUUGGCAGUCCUCCUGCUAUAGUCAAAAAAAUGUCAAGAUAAUAUUUUAUGUCUUGCAUUUUCGUUACAUGAUGUACACAAUCAGUUAUUUGAAAAACGCUGAAGUUAUUUUGCAAUAAUUAAGCUUUGUCCCAAAAUGUGAUCCAUAUGCUGGCAUUACUGACAGACUGUUUCAGCCUGUAUUGAAGUUUUGUAUCAAGACUUUCUUUACUUAUCAAUACUCUUUGAUAAAUAGCAUUAGGUAUUGAUAGAUCUGCUACACUGCAUUUUAACAUCCUUGUUUCUUUGCUCUCAUUUCGUUUUAUCACUUUUUAUGAAGGAAGCAAAUUUAAAUUUAGGUAUAACAUUUGAAGUAAAGAAAUAAGCUAUUAUUAAAAAUAUAGUAAUAAUUGUAGUGUUUGUACUGUUUAUAUUGUUUUUAAUAUCUCUA